AGGACAUGGUUGCAAAGAAUGCGGAGAAAGCCAACAUGCAAGCUGGACCUCUCAUUGCAAACCUAUCAUUCUGAGGUCAUCUGUUGAUUUGUUUCUGCUCCAGAAAGCUGUGGUGAGUGUAUUUCAAGUAGGGAAGGGAAACUAGAGACGGGAUUUCCUUUCCGUACAGUCAUUGCUCCCGUCUUUGGGCUUCAGGGGAAAAAAAUCUUCAAGUCAGUGGGAAAGCUCAGGUUCCCAGAAGAGAGACGGAGACUGUGGAGAAGACUUUGCAGAAGAAAAUGGACAACCCAGCCGAGCUUGAAAGAGGACUCCUUUGCUUUUCAACACUCUCAUUUCUUCCCGAGGUGGUCGUGGCCAUUUGAAAGGAUGGAAACUCUCAAGAGGGCUCUUCUACUCAACUUCGAUUGCCUUUGGGAGCCCCGCCAAUCUGAUCAAGAUGGGAGACAACAGUUCUGCCGAAAACUGUACCGAUCCACCGAUGGAUUUCCAGGCCUCCUUGUAUGCAGCUACAUACACGAUCAUCUUCAUUCCAGGCCUCCUGGGCAAUGGCAUAGCCCUUUGGGUCCUGUGCCGCUUCAUCAAUAAGAAAAGCAAAGCAGUCAUUUUCAUGAUCAACUUGGCUGCAGCUGACCUGGCCCACGUCUUCUCUUUGCCCUUACGGAUGUAUUACUACAUCAACCACAGUUGGCCUUUUGGGGGUUUCCUCUGCCAGUUAUGCUUCUACCUAAAAUACCUUAACAUGUACGCAAGCAUCUGCUUUCUCACCUGCAUCAGCAUCCAGAGGUACCUCUUCCUGCGCCAUCCUUUCAAAGCCAAGAACUGGAAAUGCAGGUACGAUGUAGCCAUAAGUGCUGCCAUCUGGACAGUUGUGGGGGCUGCUUGCUUACCUCUCCCAAUUCUGAGGAGCCCAAGCUUAACCAACAGUACCAAGACCUGCUUUGCGGAUCUUGGGGUGAGACAGUUGAAUAUGCCAGCCUCCAUCAUGAUGGUACUCGUAGCCGAACUCUCUGGAUUUCUUCUCCCGCUUGUGAUAAUCAUUUAUUGCACAUGGAAAAUGAGACAGUCACUCCAGGAAUCCCACGCCCCUUUGCAACAUGCCAACGAGAAGCAGAAAGCUUGGCGCAUGAUCUUGGGGUGUGCUGCUGUGUUCUUCAUAUGUUUCACACCGUACCAUGUGAACUUCCCGCUGUUUAUGAUGGUGAAACAAGAGGCCAUUCAAGACUGCUCCGUCCGCCGUAGGACUUUGUACUUCCAUUCCAUUUCGCUCUGCCUUGCGAGCCUCAAUUGCUGUCUGGAUCCAAUUAUCUACUAUUUCAUGACAUCAGAGUUUCAGGAACAUUUAUUCCGGAACUGCCGUGCCAACAUCUGGAGCCGCCUCACCAGCCUUGACAGCAGCAGGUCCCCGGCGUCCUCAGCAGAGGAACAGAGAGAGGGGGGAAAGAGGAAUAAAAGUGUUUUAAUGACCUAUUUUUGGACUCUUCGACCACAUAGGUCUGAAAGGGAUGGCAUGGAAUCUCCUCUUUCUUGCUAGCCAAGGGAGAAUGCACACAUAUAGGUGUGUUUCAUUUCCAUUCCUGCCACUGGGCUACUCAGUGCUUGGUGGCCCUCUACUGACUUUGUGAUCUAACAGCAUUAAAAAGUUCUGAGCUUGAAGUGCUGCUGGGGAAUCUGACUGUCAAUCUCUGGUGGCUAAAAAGUUGUCACGUAACAAUUGUGGGGUCUUAUAUCAUACAAAUAGAGUGUCCCUGUUGUGAUUCACUGGGAAAGGAAAGAAACUGUAUGGGUAGUUAGCAGUCUAGGGGCCAUGAAGCCAAGGGAUUUGCUGUUGUGUCUUUGUUGCUGUUUGCAUUUCCAUGUUUUGGCAACCCUAUCAUUGGUUUUUCUUGGCAAGAUUUGUUCAGAGAGGGUUUGCCAUUGCCUUCUUCUGAGGGAUCUUGCAGCACCUUUACGACUAACACUGAAUCAUAAGCUUUCAUAAACUUGGUCUACUUCCUCAGAUGCAUAGAGUUAACAUAUGUGGAACAUCAGAUUAUGUUGUGUAUGUCCCCAACAGGAUUGUUUCUAUUCAAUCUUUUUUAAACUAACACAAUUGCUGCGAGAACAGGGCUCACAUGGUAAUGUCCUCCGUGUUCUGGAAGGCUUUUGGCUGAAGAGUGGGAUGUUAAUACUCCAAAUAAAUAAAUAAGCAAGUGAAUUAAUUUCCAGUUUAUAGCAUUUAACAUAAUUGAAUUAAUCUCCAAAGCCAAUGUUCUGAUCUCUGCUCCUGGGACACUUUCUCAAAGUUAAAGGACUGCACUGAAGCUUGGUUUGGAUCCAACACUAACCAAAAAGCUUUACUAUACAGAAAAGUGCUUCAACGCAGACAGACAGAGUGACAGACAGAUAUAAGCUGAAACAAUAGUUCCCAGACAUCUAGACUCCCCAUUAUUGUGUAUAUGUCUGUUCUGUUUGGGGAUAAUAGGAUCAUUGUAACUCAUAAUAAUAACUUGCCUUAUUAUUAUAUGUUUUCCAUUCAAUAAGACAUCCAAAAUCUAAUAUUCUAGAAGCAGAAGUCUAAUAUUCUUAAGCUGGGGUAAACUGGUUUUGAAAAAUUGGUAUUUACUGGAAAAAAGAGAGCAGGAACAUAGCUAAAAUCUUUUGCAUUUAAGUGAAUGAAGAAUUUGCAGGGCACAAGUAACUUGAGGCAAAAAAUAACAGAUCGGUAAGAAAAUAUGGCAAGCAUGAUUUGUGCUUUUUCUUAAAUUCUGAAAAAAAUUGCAAGUUUCUGUAUUACUAAGCAGCAGAAAGAAAAAGGAUUACAAAUUUGUAUUGGAAACAUUAAUUUUGAGGCCUACUAUGAUGUAGAGGUUUAUGACUGCAGAUCAGGGUUCAAAUCCAUGCUCAGCCAUGUAAACCCACUGGGUGACCUUGGUCAAGUCACACUGUCUCAGCCUCAGAGGAAGGCAAAGACAAACCCCUUCUGAACAAAACUUGCCAAGAAA